AUGUUCUUUCUUCUUUUGCUUUUCAGUUGCUUGAUUUUGUCUUUUCCCCUCCAUCUUGAUUUCUUUUUUCCUCUUUUCCUUCAAUACUUUUUUCCUAUUUUCCAUUACUGCUUUUCAGUUGUUUUUCCUCCAUCUUUAAUAACCUUUUUCCUCAGCCAAUAUUCCAGCUUUCUGUUUUUUCUUUCUUUUUGUUCUACAUUUUUUUAUUUAUCUUUCCCCAAUGUUUCUUUCAAUCAGUUAUCUUUACUCUUCUUUGUAAUUCUCUCUUCUGCAUAUUUUUCCUUUCCUCUCUUUAUUGCGUUAUCGAUAUUAUCUCGACUUAGCUUAGGUCGGCAUACGGAUAAAUGGAGAGCAAGACGCUUUCUAAAAUUCUCUUUUUAUUCAUUUCCUCAUUCUUUCUUUCUUUCUUUCUUUCUUCUUUCCAUUCAACUUUCAAAAUUUUUCUUUUUAUUCCUCGUCCUUUUUCUUUCUUUCGUUCUACUUGUCCCUCUUCUUCUUCUGUGCGAUAUCGCCUUCUAUGCCGGUUUUAAAUUUUCUUUCUUUAUAUUUCUUUCUUUCUUUCUUUAUAUUUCUUUCUUUCUUUCUUUAUAUUUCUUUCUUUCUUUAUAUUUCUUUCUUUCUUUAUCUUUCUUUCUUUCUUUCUUUAUAUUUCUUUCUUUCUUUAUCUUUCUUUCUUUCUUUCUUUAUAUUUCUUUCUUUAUAUUUCUUUCUUUCUUUCUUUAUAUUUCUUUCUUUAUAUUUCUUUCUUUAUAUUUCUUUCUUUCUUUCUUUAUAUUUCUUUCUUUCUUUAUAUUUCUUUCUUUCUUUAUAUUUCUUUCUUUCUUUCUUUAUAUUUCUUUCUUUCUUUCUUUAUAUUUCUUUCCUUCUUUCUUUCCUUCCUCUGUUUAUUUUUUGUUCUAUUCCGUUUAUCUUCGGAACUCUCAUUGUCAGUGGCUUCUUUUUCUUUUUUCGUCCUCUUUCUUUUUCCUCCUCUUUCCUUUUUCACGGGCAUUAAUUUAUCCUUUCCGUUUAUCUUUGUUUCCUUCUGUUCCAUUGAUUCUCUGUCUUUCUCCUUUUCUUCCUCUACUAACUUAUUCUUUAGUUUCUAUUUUUUUCUCUUUAUUUUGCAUUAGUCUCUUACUUUUUCUUUUUCUUUCCCUCCCUUUCUUUUGA